UGGGGCCAGUGGUUCCCUCUGCGAUUUGCUGUGGGCCGACCCUUGGCACGAGAAGAAAGUGGACCCCGGCAUCAAUGGAGAAGCAACGGACAAGGAGCAGGUAGCCAGGGCAUGGGACGAGUACCUGGCCGUGGAGUGGCGACCGAACGGGGAGCGGGGUUGCUCGGUGUAUUUCGGGUACCGGGCGAUCCGGCGGUUUUUGGACGACAACCAUCUCCUGUGUUUGAUCCGAGCCCAUCA